AUGGCCGAGGUCAUCAUCGCAACAUCCGCUUCCGUCGUCGGUCUAAUCGGUGGCGCUGUCACAGUUGUUCGAGAGCUUCGAGCAGCCCGCGACUGGGUCCAUGGAGCCGAAAAGACGCUCAAAGACGCCUCCGACCAGACAGAUGCGCUCGAGGCGUCGCUUCGCCUGGUCCAGGAAGAGGAAGCCUUGCAGACUGUCAAUGUCCUACACCAGGUCCGGUGCAUAAAGACUGUGGCGGACGAGGCGAAGGUGUUCUUCGAUAGACUAGCGGCUGAACAGCAGAGGAGUUCGGGUAGGCGGUUUGUUCAUGCGCUCAAGUCGGGCGGCAAGGAGGAUACUGAGUUGCGCAAGCUUUUCGACCGACUUGACCGAGCAAGAGAUGAGCUUGUCUUGCGCAUUUCAGUGGCCCAAGUUGGCUUGAUCGGGAGCCAGCAGGAUGGGUUUCGAGUCGCCUUUGGCGUCUUAGACCAGACGAACGAGCGGGUGAACCAGGUGCUGGGGAUAAACCUGGCCCUCAUGGACCGACUGAGAGACAGAGCAACGCAGAUGGGUACUACACCCAACGGCCAGCAGCUGCUCGAUGAUGGUGUCGGCAGCUCACUUUCCAACGCUGAUGGCCCGAUCCCACUCGAUACAUCCGGCACGAGAGAGCCUGGAUUGGGUAGCAGCGCGACCGACACGGGUGAGACCUCCAUAUACGACAACGUCACCCUGGGUCAAGCGCGCAUCAUGACGGGCGACAUCGGGAUGGACAACUGGCAGCGAGUGUCCAAACGGAAGACGACCAUCGCGCGAAACAGGUUCGAAGGCGAUGUUCGCAUCGUUACGGGCGAUAUAGGCGGCGAGUCGGCAGCGCGUUUCAACGAGACAUUCUGGAACUGA